AUGAUAUUUCUAAACGAUUAUAUCUCUUUGAAUCAUUUUCAAAUUAUCAGAGAGAAAUAUAAUAUUCAACUCAAUGAAACUGCACAUCUCAGUCUAUCAUUAUUUGUAAGUUUUUUCGUUCGAUCUAUAAAACAGGUUAUGAAUUUCAGAAUUGUUCUUCAUCAGUGAUGCUUCCACUUUUUUCAACAAAAUGUUCAUUGAAUUGGAUUUCAUUAUUGAAAUUUCUGAGUUUCGGAUAUAUCUUUUUUGUUAAAAAUUAUAGAGAAGCAACAAAAAAUGUUAGAAAUUUUCAUGAAGUUUUCACUGCAAACUAUAAGAGUUACAAAAUUAUUAAUCAACAUUUAAUGAAAAAAUUUUAUAAAAUGAUAAGUUAUCAGGUAAAGGUUUGGAGAAAUUCAUUGAAAGAAAACGAUUUCAAGUUCAUUCUAGCUUCGAACUGUUUAUUUGAUGAUUUAUAUGCCAAUUAGCUUAAUUUUCAUUUUUCAAUUCUUCAGUUUUCAUCCUAAUCUUGAUCUAACUUAUAUUUUAUAUAUUUUCAUGUUUUAUUCGAUGAUUUAUAAUUUAGUUGGAUUAUUCUAUCAAAUCCAUCAUCGAAAAUAUAUUCUGAAAUCAAUAUUUGGAUUCCAGGCAGAUUUUGUGGAAGGAUUCUGAAGUCCCGAAUUAUUUUCUUUUCUCAUUCAUAGUUAUUUUUUUUCCGGGGAUAUUGCACUACAAUAUGACAGUGACUCGAAAAGUUCAGAAAUUCAAAGCACAUUGACGUCAAACCCUUCCUUCACAUUUGAAAACAGAAAUUUGUAUGCGAUGACAAAUUUAUAUUUUCCUCUCCUGGAUGGAUAUCUUCACUCUGGCACAAAAUGAUACAGAAAAGGGCCCAUGGACUACAAAAAACAUGAGUAUAAAUACAGAAAUUAACGAUUUCGACCACACAAGCAGAAAAUGUUUUCGAGUUAUUUGAUCUUGCCAAUGAUAUUCAUUCAUCUCUCAAUUUUUGUAAUCGGAACUUUUAUGAUGUUUUCAAAACUAUAUCAAAGUUUUAUGAUUAUUGGAAUUCAAUAUGUUCUAAUUGCAAACUAUUUAGGAAUAAUUCAAAUAGGAAUUGGAUAUUUUUUGAAUUUUGUAACUGAUCCUCUAGUAUUCAUUGUCCAAAGAUUCAAUUCUUCCAGCGUGUCCACAUCAUCGAUUCCACGAUUGUUUUCGAUUCUCCAAUUCAAACAUCUCCAUAUAUCGCAAUCCAAUUUCUUCUAUCAGUUUAUAUUAUACUUUUCUUCACAAUUCAUGUUAUAUCAACUUUCGAAAUGAUUCAUCGAAUCGCAAAUCUUUCCCACUCAAUUAUUUUCAGACGAAUUAUAUGUGGUCUUUUGCCGAUUGCAAUUAUCAUCAUUGGAUUAUUGUUUCUCUCAGCAAGUUAUGCUCAUAUUUUGGAGCAAAUCGAGAAUAAUAAAACAUCGAUUGUUUUCGACUGGAGAAAAUCUGAAAAUGGAAGAUUUAUCGUAAAUUCCAUUUGUUAUAUUGGAACCAUUUGUCUCAUUGUCAAUUUCUUCAGUGUAUUGAUAUAUCGAGUUUUUACAACUAAAUUGAACAAUCGAAGAUUUCUCAAGCCAAGCAAAAUUGAAACUAGAUUAUAUCGAUUUCUGAUUUUCCGAUUGAUAUUCCAAUUUUGCAACAUUUUCAUCCCAUUCAGUCUUUUCCUUCUCGUUUCGUAUGAAUACAAAUUAUCAUACGAUCCAAGUGAUAUCAUUUUCAUUCAUUACAUUUCCCAAACUUUGUUUUCGAUUUCAAUUAUGCUGAUACUAUUCGAAAACUCCCAUCAUGACUGGAUUCAACAAAAAUACGAGGAUAUCAAAGUAUAUAUUCAUAGAGGUUGCGUUGCAAGAGUUUUGGAAUAAAUAUAAAUUUCAAAUUUUCAGUAAGAACACGUGAAAAUGAAGUGCUACCAACAACUGAUAUAUUUCGAUAUUGA